UAUCGUCAUUUUAUGCAGCACGGGAUAAAAUAAUGUUCGUUGGCGACGGCUACAAAUACAGUGUUGGUAAGCGGGUCAAAAUUGCCAACACCGCCUCCAUUUUUACAAACGACCGGCGUGAAACUUAAUUCCAGCUUCGAAGCGCGCGUUUGUCUAUUGCAAAAUGCAAAUACUUGAUUAUUUUAAUAUCAUAUUAAAAUGACAAUCGAUGAAUAUGGAUUGGGAUUUAAUCCCUUUGUCCCCGCUAGCCAGUUCAAUGCUACGCCUAGCGAGUCCACAGAUUCUACCCACAGUGUCGACACCGAUAUCCAACUAAGCCCCACAUUCAGCGAGUUUCUUGAAAUUGAAAUGGAAAAUUCUGGAAACACGAAGAGCGUUCCAGAAGACAAGAUAAAAUUACUGAUUCAGCAUAGGAAGACACUUUUAGAACUCCUGUAUCUCAUACAAAUAAAACAGAAGGUACUGGAUGCGUUCAUUAAGCAACAGAAGCCAAACAACGAGAAGAAGACCAAAUGACCAAAAUGUGACAACAAUAAUUGGAAUUGCUGCUGUGCAGCUUAUAAAUAAAUAAAUACUCUUGGUACAUAUAUAAGAACAAUUACAUGGAAUCACAUUUCUGUCUGGCUUCUGGUGCGCUAAUUUUAUAGCCUAACAUCAAUCGUGCUCUGCUCUCUCGCUUCUCUGAUAAGUACCCUAUACCCUCUGACCUAAAGUUUUUAGUACAUUGCAGUUUAGAUGCUUCUGGGAAACGCGCUCGACAUCUCAGUGUGGUAGGAUUAGAAUUAGAAAAUCGUGAUGUGCCAUUGCGUAUCUACCUCUAAUUAAUAAAGCUACAAAUUUUUCCGAAGAAAUUGACAUUGGCUUCGAUACGCAAGUUACUCCUUAAAAU